CUUCCUCUUUCCAGCGCAUUUAAGGCCCACCCCGGGGGAGCGAGAGCGCUGGGGACAAGUCGAAGCCGCGCUGCCGCUCAGCCAUGGGGGACGCCUUCAUCCGCCACAUCGCCCUCCUGGGCUUCGAGAAGCGCUUCCUUCCCAGCCAGCACUACGUGUACAUGUUCCUGGUGAAGUGGCAGGACCUGUCGGAGAAGGUGGUGUACCGGCGGUUCACCGAGAUCUACGAGUUCCAUAAAGCCUUAAAAGAAAUGUUUCCUAUCGAGGCAGGAGAAAUCAACCCAGAGAACAGGAUCAUCCCCCACCUCCCAGCUCCCAGGUGGUUUGAUGGGCAGCGAGCCGCCGAGAGCCGCCAGGGCACACUCACCGAGUACUGCAGCGCGCUCAUGGGGCUGCCCGCCAAGAUUUCCCGCUGCCCCCACCUCCUGGACUUCUUCAAAGUGCGCCCUGAUGACCUCAAGCUCCCCGCGGACAGCCAGGCAAAAAAGCCAGAGACAUACCUGAUGCCGAAGGAUGGCAAGAGUAAUGCAGCAGACAUCACAGGCCCCAUCAUCCUGCAGACCUACCGUGCCAUCGCCGACUACGAGAAGAGCUCAGGCUCUGAGAUGGCUCUGGCCGCGGGCGACGUGGUGGACGUCGUGGAGAAGAGCGAGAGCGGCUGGUGGUUCUGCCAGAUGAAGACGAAGCGUGGCUGGGUCCCAGCAUCCUUCCUGGAGCCCCUGGACAGUCCCGAUGAGGCAGAGGAACCAGAGCCCAACUACGCAGGUGAGCCCUAUGUCACCAUCAAAGCCUAUUCAGCCGUGGAGGAGGACGAGAUGUCCCUGCUCGAGGGCGAAACCAUUGAGGUCAUUCAUAAGCUCUUGGAUGGCUGGUGGGUCGUCAGGAAAGACGACGUCACAGGCUACUUCCCGUCCAUGUACCUGCAAAAGUCAGGGCAGGACCUGACCCAGGCCCAACGCCAAAUUAAGAGCCGAGGGGCGCCCCCCCGCAGGUCAUCCAUCCGUAACGCGCACAGCAUCCACCAGCGGUCGCGGAAGCGCCUGAGCCAGGACACCUAUCGCCGCAACAGCGUUCGUUACUUGCGGCAGCGUCGCGGCCCAGCACAACUCGGACCGCAGAGCCCUCCGAGCCCGCUGCAGGAGGAGCCCGGAGCUAAGCCGCAGCCUGCGGUUCCCCCACGGCCCAGCGCGGAUGUCAUUCUGCAUCGCUGCAGCGAGAGCACCAAGCGGAAGCUUGCGUCCGCCGUUGGAGGCCAGGGUGCCGCUUCCUAGUAGCGCCCCGGCCCCUCGGGCACCUCGUAUCCCAUCUCUGUAUAUACGUGUACGUAGUCUGGUGUCUGGACGCCUGAAGACAGCUCUGGGUCCCCGCCCCACGUGGCUCUCUACUACCUUCAAUCAAUAAAUGUUGCUUGGUGCGGACAGAGGCUCUGAAGAGACCAGGGGCGGGCGGGGCUCGCUCUAGAGGUUACUUCUAGAAUGUCAGAGGACUGUGAGCUCUGCUAGCGGAAAGUUGCAAGAGCCAGGUCUGGUUGCACAUUGCCCUGCCUUGGCAAAGAAUAGGUUUGCACAAGGCCAAGUGCAAGAGGAACUCCCGGUCAUGGGCUGAGUUGUUUCUCUGGUCAGAAACCACCUGCUUGAACUCUGGCCUCACUGCAGAAAAGACCUGAAGAUGGGUAGACAGUGCACUGGGCCAGUCACCUCCUGAGGAGAGAGGUUGCAGUCCAGAGUGAGGCAGGAGCUUAUGGCUGCGGGGAGGGGGGAUGUAAUUUAAGAACGAGUGUGGUGUCUACGUAACUCACUGAGACUUGGUCUCAAUUUGGAGGUUGUACCAGAAAGCAAAUACUUCACUGAUGAGCAGACUAAUCCC